UGCAGAUUAUUAUGGGUUCCCUGUGUCGCUGCUAUGGUGCAAUACCUGUCGAUCGUCAUGUUGGAUGCGUUUUUUUUGGUUUUUGUUGGUGACCAGGAAACCCAGGAGAGAGUCCACUCAACAUGGUUCAGGGAUUGGUGCAAGGCAUACCGCUCGUUUGCCUGCUUGCUUUCGUACUGCAGUGCGCCCACGUGGGUAACACAUGUAGCGUUUGCGAGCUAGGAUGGUCUUGUGCGCAUAAUAUUCACGACAAGUCGGUCAUCACUUUCCAUAUGGGAAUAACACCGAGAGGACAGAGCGAUAAGCCCGGCAUGGCUGACCACCACCCAGGAGGAGAAAUGCGCACGUGGCUGGCGUUGAGGCGGUUGGAAGCGCUUAUCUCGAAGGCUCGCCGGCGUAUCACCGCCUAGUCCGCCUAGUCCGCCUCAAAUCAUAUUCUGGCUGACGAUGACGAAAUAGGGCAGGGUCUGGACCCCCCGGCGAUAC